AAUUUUGUCUGCUUACGCUUUCCGUAGCGGGGUAUCUUUCCUGCCAAUAUGGCCGCCAUCAGGAGUGGGGUGACUCCGGGCUGCUUAGCAAGAUGUUUCCUAAGACAGACUGGAAAACCGAGCCGGGGCAGCCGUCCUCUUUCAGACGUUUGGAGCCAUCAUUUGCUCCAAAGGUCCCAUCUACACACUGUGGUUGAGUGCCGCAGUUCAGCCACAAGGACUCUGCUGGGCCGCAGACACCAUGGAAAGUUCCUCUGGGUGAACGCUGUGGCAGUCAGACACAACAGCUCACAGAUCCCUCCUGAGGAUGGAUCCAUGGCGGCUCCACUGGUAGGAGGUUCUGACAGCCCCAUCCCCACCAUCACACAACCAAUCACUGAACAGAUCCCAGUUGAAACUGUUUCUGUGGUGGCACCAGUAGCGGACAGCGCUGCUCUUUCUCCAGUCCUGGAUUCUUCCCCCACACUUGUGUCCGCUGACCCCACCCCUGUUUUACCACCCACGGUCCUUGAGCAGGUGGCUGAUGCUGCACCAACUGCAGUCGAGGUCCUGCAGGCUGUGGCUACAGAACCGAGGUUAGCAGAGCUGGGAUUGGGCGCUAUGACACCAGUGGGACUCAUCCAGAACCUCUUAGAGUACAUGCACAUGGAUCUUGGUCUGCCCUGGUGGGGAGCCAUUGUUGCAGGAACAGUGCUGGCUCGUUUGGCCGUGUUUCCAGUCAUAGUGAAGGGCCAGAGAGAGGCGGCCAAGCUGAACAACGUGCUGCCUGAAAUGACCAAACUGACCACCAAAAUGACUGAGGCCAAACAGAGUGGAAACAAAUAUGAAUUUGCCAAAGCAUACUCUGAGCUGAACCUGUUCCAGAAGAAGCAUGAUGUGAAUCCUCUGCGUGGGUUCCUGGUUCCUUUAGUGCAGGCACCAGUCUUCAUCUCUUUCUUCAUCGCACUGAGGAAGAUGGCCUAUCUGCCAGUGCCGGGCUUGCAGACAGGAGGUCUGCUCUGGUUUACAGACCUGACAGCAGCAGAUCCUUUCUAUAUUCUACCUUUCGCUGUCACCGGAACCAUGUUCUUCAUCCUGGAGCUGGGUGCGGAGUCUGGUAUUGACAACCCCAAUCUGCGCGCCAUGAAGACUGUGUUCAGGAUCAUGCCCUUCAUCAUCCUCCCUCUCACUAUCAACUUCCCUACGGCGGUGUUUACCUACUGGCUGACCUCAAACUGCUUCUCUCUGGCUCAAGUGGCUCUGCUCAGACACCCCCUAGUCAGACAGAGGUUCAAGAUCCCUGAGAGGAUCAAGCACCCAGCCGCCGUCAUGCCCCAACAGGACGGAUUAUUAGACAGCAUGAAAAAGGGCUGGAAGAACGCACAGCUGGCCCAACAGCUGGAAGAGAGGGAAAGACGGAUAAAAAAUCAUCUGGACCUUGCUGCAAAAGGUCCACUGAGGCAAACUUUCACCCACAGUCCUCUCCGGCAGACGCCUCCCAUCGCUGCAGCGUCAACCAAAGGCAAACAAGCUGUAGCCAAGGCGAGGCCAUGGAAGGACACGAUUGGAUAAAUCUGAUUUUGCUGUUAGCUUGAUGGUAUAAUGAAUUGUGUACAUAUUUAUGGAUAGAAGAAGAGAGGAGGUGUUGUUGGGAAAGAGUUGUCGCUAUGUAUUAUUCAAAUUAAAAUGUCAACUUUGCCUCAAAACAACCA